UGUUUGACUGCCGCGAGCCACCGUAGACUCUUACUGCGCAUGUGCCUAGUUUUCAAAUGAGUGGCGUGUAAACUCAGCAUUGCUAUUAUUUUAUCUGAAUAAGUUGUACAUAUAAAACUCAUUAUGUCUGUUCAACCUUCAAACCCAAACAAUCCAAUCGUUUUCUUCGACAUCACUAUCGGCGGUCAGGAUGUUGGACGGAUGAAGAUUGAGCUGUUUGCUGAUGUGGUUCCAAAGACGGCUGAGAAUUUCCGGCAGUUCUGCACAGGAGAGUUUCGGAAGGAUGGCGUUCCCAUCGGUUACAAAGGCUGCACAUUUCACAGAGUUAUCAAGGACUUUAUGAUACAAGGAGGAGACUUUGUCAAUGGGGAUGGAACCGGCGUCUGCAGCAUCUACAGAGGACCAUUUGCUGAUGAAAACUUCAAGCUGAAGCACUCUGCUCCAGGUCUUCUUUCUAUGGCCAACAGUGGUCCAGGGACAAAUGGUUGCCAGUUCUUCAUUACCUGCACAAAGUGUGACUGGUUAGAUGGGAAACAUGUUGUUUUUGGAAAAGUGGUUGAUGGUUUGCUGAUCAUGAGAAAAAUUGAGAAUGUGCCCACAGGACCCAACAACAAGCCAAAACUCCCAAUCCUUAUCGCUCAAUGUGGAGAAAUGUAAUUCAGCCAUUUACAAAACUCUCAUCAUAUGUUUUUUUUUCUUUUUUUCUUUUUGUGUCAAUAAGUUCUGUGAAACUUCAUCAUAAACUUCAUGGUGUGAUUUUUUUAGCAUCCAAAGUGAAAAAAAAAUGUAUAUUUUAUUUUUGGCCAUUAGACAAUAAUUGUUUGCUCCCACUUUGUUAUCAAAUGAAACAAAUAAAUUGUUUUAUACUAAAAACAAAA